AUGUAUGUGCUUCUUCCCAUGCCAUUGCUGUUCUUUGUGGGAUCUGAUUCUUCUGUACUUUCAGAAUCUGAUAAUGGAUGGGUUAAUGCAACCAAGUUCCUGACUGGAGCUUCAGCUAUUGGCAGCAUUGCAAUACCUGCUAUCUUAAAGCAUGCUGGUGUUAUUGGUUGGGGAGCGAUGGCAAUGGAGCUCGCGUCCUUUUUCGUAUUUGUACUGGCAAUCAUGUGUUACAUUCGAACAAGUGAUGAAGACAGCUACAGUGCAAUCUGA